AUGUGUAAUAAGUCGAAUAUUUUAAUAUUGUAAUCAUAUGUUAUGACUCAUACUUAACUGAUAUUAUAUCUAAUCUCUAAUAUCAACUUGUAUAGCAUAUCAUUACUUGUAAAUAUCGGCCAGCGUAAUUAUUAUUGUUACUCUGGUUUGGUCAUUUUAGUGCCAAUAGUAAAAUUUAUGUGAACAAAGUACCUAUUCAUUUUUUCUUAGAUUUUCUUGUCAUUAUGAAUCCACAAGACUUAAAAAACGAACAAAAUAUACCGAGUGCUCCGCCAUCAUACUUUGAAUCUGUAAGCACUCAAAAUCAUUCAUACAUUCCACAGCAAUACAAUUCUCAACAGCCUUGCCCCGGUUAUCCUCAGUAUGCUCCUCAAGUUCCAACACAAGUGAUUGUUAUUCAAGCGCCCGCUUGUAAGUGUUAAAUAUUUUAUGUGUUUACCUUAAUACAGAUGUUGUUUUAUGAAUUUACCUACUAAUAAUUGGGUUUCUCCUAUGGGUAGAAGUAGUACAAAUAUUAUUAUUAUUGUUUAUUUCUUCGAAAAAAUAAUGGGCAACAGGUUCGUGUGAGGACACUCGUGGGCACAAUUUUUAAUAGGAAAAAUAAUCUAUUUAUAAUAAUAAUUUACAUUUAAUUUUUUUUUACAAUUUUAGUCUUAUUUAAUGAAAUUAACUUAAACAUAAUAUACUAUGUAGGUAAUAAUAAUUGAUACACGGAGAACUAAUGUAUAAUACAGUAUGAUAAAAUAAAUAUGUUAAUAUUUAAUAUAAUUGAAUGUAUAAUAAUAAACUGUUUAAGUGAAUAAUAUAAUAUGUUAGUUAUUAGUAAUACAAAUAAAUAAAAAAUACCAAGUUUUGAGUUUAGAUUAAAAAAAAAGUAUCAACUUGGAUUAUUUAUUUCUCCAAUUAUUUAAUUUUUACUUUGAUUUACCUACACAGGUAUUUUAAAGUGUUAGAUAUUGUUAGUUUUUUGAUUUUGUAAUAUUUAGUUAAUUAAAUUUAUUAUUAACUAUCCUGCCAUGUUGAACCACUUUGGACAUAAAUUAUGGUGUUGGGUGUCUUACAUUGGUGAGGAAAGAGGACUUUUCUAUAUUUGUUUGAUCUGUCCUACAUUUAACAACAUAUAAUAUAGCAUACAAGAUAGCCUUACAUUUUAUUCUAUAGACCUUGAUGUUAAAAGUUCUACAUUUUUUUUUUAUUGGUUUUUAUUAUAUAAAAUAGAUAAAAUAAGUUUUCUUAGUCCUAAAUUAUGUAUUAAGAAGUUGGUAACCUUAGUGUUAGGAUUACACCUCACUGACAUCUAUUGUUUCCGUCUUACAAACGUGAGACAUAGCAAAUUUUCAUUCAGCAGGACACAUUUUGUGCUGUUAGUUUUAAUAUUCAAGCAAAUUGAUUUAUUAACAAACUUAAAGGUAAAAGUAUAACAUGUGCCCUAGCGUAGAUGUUUUUUUGAUAAUUUAAUUUUUAAGUGAGAUAUGAGAAUGUGAAAUAUCACAAGUUAUAAGUGAUUUCCAUCUUGCUUAAAAAUUAAAAUAUUGUAAAACAUCAACACUAGGGCACAUGUUAUACUUUUACCUUUAAGUUUAAUUAUAAGUCAAUUAGCUUUAUUAUUAAAAUUAAAGGCACAUAAUGUAUCCUACUAAAUUCAAAUUUGUUAUAUCACACAUUUGUAAUACAGAGACAUUAAAUAUGGGUGUGGCAGCCUCUUAAAUAAAGGUGACAAUACUUUUGUAUUGUACUUGAGUUUUGCUAAUUAUUUGGAUUUACUGUGAAAAUACUUGUUUUGUAAAAUUUUAUAAGCAUACCUUAAAAGUAAAUAAUUUAAACAUUAAUAAUUUGUCAAAUGAACAUUUAUUUUGUAUGCUAACAUUGAGAUUUGUAAUUUGUAAUGUUGGAUAAUUUUUAACUAAUUAAUUAAUUGAUGUACGUAACUAAUACUUUAUAAAUAAUAAUAAAAAAUGUAAAAAUGUUACCCAGUAAUACCAGGCCAUACCAGUAAAUAUCUAUAUAUUUAUAUUAUUUAAUAAUAUUUUAUUUUAUUUUAGUACCGCCAUUAGGUAAACAACCUGUUGAGGUUAUUUGUCCUAAGUGUAAAGCAAUUGUAUUGACAACAGUUCAAGAAGAGAGUUCAAAUACGGCUUAUCUAUGUUGUUUGUUUCUGCUCGUCGUUGGGUAUGCAAACAAAUUAUUAAAAUUAUAUUUAUUAUUAAUAAAUUGUUUAUGAUUAUAAUAGGUGUACAUUGUUUUCUUGUUUGCCAUUUUGCAUGGACAGUUUUAAAAACUACAAGCAUACUUGCUCAAGAUGUAAUACUUUUAUUGGCACAUUCCAACCAUCAUAAAUAAAGAAAAUGUAACAAGGGGUUUUCAUUUGCAAGUUAAUCUACAGUUUAAAUUAUUUCAUUAUCCUACCUUAGCUUAUUAUACUUACAUUUAUUUUUACCUUAUGCUACUUAUUUAAUUUUAAUCUUUAAACCAUAUUCUUAUUGGGCAGGUAAUGUAUACACUUAUAAAUUGUUAUUCGUUUAUUUUUACCAAUAUUAUUAUUCAUUUAGUCUUUAAAGUAUUUUAUUAUAUAUUUGUUUGCCUUUAGAUAGAUUGUUGUUGCCAGUAGCUUAAAAUAUUAUUAUAUAGAAUUGAAAAUAUUAAUAUAUUAUAGCAAGAAAUAAAAUUGUAAGAUUUUUAAUUACAUAUUUAUUUAGUCCUUAUUAUUAUAUUUAGGGCUGUGAAUUUAAUGCACUAAAAAACAUUAACAAAUGCAUUUAAAAUGUCAAAAAAUGCAAUAAAAUAUGCACUUAAAAUAGUUUUUAAUUUGAUUUGUAUAUUAUAUGAAUACAAAUUUAUUUUAUAAAAAUGUUGAUUGAAUUUGAAUUUUGAUUUUGAAGUUAAUUGAUUCCAGUGACGUAGCAAAGAGGGAGGACAGAGGGGCCCCCGCUCCCAUUGGAUGUUUUUUAAAUUUUUAUAUCAGUGCAUCAAUAGAUAAGUAUAUAAUAUAUCUAUGAGUACGUAAGUACCUAUGUUAAUAUGAAUAUAAUAUAUUAUAUAAUGGCUAAUAGAAGAGCAGCUGAAAAUUUAUCAUUUCUACAUAAACUCUUAGACAAUUCAAUAGAUGCCCUCAUUUUCUUUUUGAGUAUUAACUUCAGAGUGCCACAGUAUUCCCUCUGUUUCUAUACCCCUUUCUCUGUGUCAAAUUAUUUCACAAACUACGACUGCAACAACCCUAUUUUUCGUAUUAUGCGAUGGUUAAUGAACAACUAACCUUUUUACCAUAGUUACUUUGUAUUGUUUUAUUAUUAUUUUUUUGAAUUUAAAAUUUUACUUCUAUGUAAUAUGUAAUUGUGCUUACCCUUAAUGUUUUAAAUAAAUAAUAUUAUAGUAAUAGCAAUUUAUUAUCUAUAUCCGUGACAUUAAGGUUACAUUAAGGCGAUUUUUAUAAAAAUAGUAAUUCCAAUAAGUGGUAAAAAAAAACAAAAUUAAAAAAACUUUGUGAAACACGAUGGGUUGAUCGACAUGAUUCACUUAUUGCUUUCAAAGAACUUUACAUUCAUAUAUUUGCUACUCAAGAACGUCUUGAAAAAUAUGAUACAAAUCCUGAAACUUCAACCAAAGCAUCAUUAUAUGUGAGUGCUAUAACCAAGAGUGAUUUUCUUAUCUCUCUUGAAGUAGCUUGUUGAAGUAACAUUUACCUUUGUAAAACAGCUUUUUUGCUCCACUCAGAAUCUUAAAAAUGUUUUUAAAGAUGUUGAUUCACGGAACUUGAUUAAAAAUACCGGAAAAUGAACUAAAAAAGGAAAAUAUGACCUAAAGAGGUAAAAAAUUAAAAGCGUCAAAAAAUGCAAAAUAAAAGUUUCAUAAUUGAAAUUAUGUACUUACAAAGCUACGUUUUUCAAUUACAAAAAAAAAAUAAAAUGCACUUUCCUACAAAUUCACAGUCCUAAUUAUAUUCAUACAGGUAUUUUCAGCAUUUUAUUGAAGUCAUUGUAUUUAUAUUUAACUUUUUGUAUCAGUUGAUUAAUUAGAUUGUUUUACUCAAAUUUUUAUGAUAAAUAAAAUACUUAAUUGGUUUUUAUUUUACGUUUAUAAUUAUUUAUGAAACAAAAAAAAAAUGUUACUUCUGUAAUUAUCUAUAAGUAAUAGAAAUUAUUUAUUUUUAUUUACGUAUUUUAUGAAUAAUUACACAAAUAUCUUUAUUCUUCAGAAUAUAUUAGUUAUUUUAAUUUAAUUAUUGAAGAUUUAAAACGUUUUAAACAAGUAUUUAAGAUACUUUGAACCCAGCAGUUAUGUUAUAUUGUCAGUAUCAUAUAUAAAUAAAAAUGGUAAAAGUUAAUAUAUGAUUAAGUUUAAAUACUGUAAAAGUUGGUAACUUGGGGAAGUUUUGAACUUUGAAAUUAUAUAUCUCAGUAAGUAAUCAUCAUACGGAGGCAGUAUUCAUAUUAAAAGUUUUCUCAUCUAAAAUUUAAUAUGUACUUCAAUUUAAGCUUGUACAUUAAAUUUCUUAUUUGAUAUAAUUUUAUAUGUAGCUGUCCCAAGUUAUCCUUAAAAGAGCAAAUCUUGGGGCAGCUAUUUAAUUUUGCGGAAAAACUGCAGAAAAUUUCACUAGAAGGGUACUCAAGGGAGGCCAUUUUUCGAUUUUCUCAAAAGUUUUCUCAUAAAAUUUAAAAAACCAUAAAAAAACAAAAAAAUAUAAGAAAUGUAGGUAUUAGUUAAAAUAUAUUACGGUCUUAUUUUUGUCUGUGAAUAAUUUUUCUACCAGUGAUUUUGGCCCAACUUUUAAUGAUAGCAAUUUUUGUAAAAGGAAAUUUCACUAGAAAGGUACUUUAGAGAGUUCAUUUUUCGAUAUUUUCAGGAAUUUUUCUGGAAAAUUUGAAAAACUGGGAUAAAACAUGGGAAAAACGUAGGAAAACUGGGAAAAUCAGUACUAAAUUAAACAUUUAUUAUUAAAGAAACUAUAAAGAGUCUAUUUAAUUAUUUUACUAUAAAAUGACAAUUAUAUAUACAAUAUAUAUGUAUUGUAAAUAGAUAAAUUUAGGUAACUGGUGUAGCUAAAUAAUAAAUAGCUAUAAAGCUUAAUAAACUAAGCUACAUAAAUUAAACUACUUAAUGUCUACCACAUAAGAAAACAUUUUUAAUUAAAUAUUAAAAAAAGGGAUUAUCCCAGAUUCCUUCAAAAAUAUAUUGUUUUCGCUUAUAUAAAAAGGUAAAGGUUCAAAAACUGACAUAAAUAAUUUUAAGCUAGUCAUUUUAUUGAAUGGAUUUUCUAAAAUAUUUGAAAAAGCAAUCAAAACUAGACUAAUAAAUUAUUUAGAAGAAAACAAUUUGUUAGCCAACUCGCAGUAUGGUUUUAGAAAAGGUUUAGAUACGGAAGAUGCUUUAGCAAACCAAACCAAAGAUGUAUAUGAAUAUAUGAACAUUUAGAUAACCAUAAUAAAACUAUUGGAAUAUUUCUAGAUCUCAGCAAAGCCUUCGAAGUUCGAUAGCAUAUCACAUAUAACACUACUAGAUAGCUUAAACUCUUUUGGUAUUACUGGGUCAGCUUUUAUAAUUUAUAAAUCGUAUUUAGAAGAGAGGACUCAGCAAAUCAGAAUAAAUAAUACUCUAAGUGAAUUAGGAAAUAUGUAUAGAGGAGUCCUUUAGGGCACAGUACUGUACUCAAUUUUAUAUAUUAUGUACAUAUCUACGUAAGGUAAAUUUCGGUUAAACGGAAAAAUCUACUCGUACGCGGACGACACGGCAAUUAUAGUAUUUAGUUCUAAUUGGGAAUCAACUUGGCAAAAAUGAAUCUUAUAUUUCAUUACUCGAUAAUUGGUUUUCAAAAAAUGAUCUAAAGAUACAUUUUUAUAAAUCCAAAUAAGUUACUUUUACUAAUGAUUUAAGAACUGCGCUGAAUAAUACGAAUUUGAUCAUACAUAAAAAUAAUUGCAACGCUAUGUCAUGCUCAUGUCCAAAAUUAUCCAUACACUCAUUCGUAGGGUACCUAGGAGUAUGUAUUGAUCAAAAUUUAAAAUUUAAGACUCACAUAGAAAAUCGAAUAAGAAAACUGACACGAUUAACGCACUUUUCCUUACCGCUAAAAGAAUUUUUAACAAAAACUACCUUAGAGCAAUGUUCUAAUCUCUAAUACAAUCCCGAAUAAUCGCACGUGGAAGCUGUAACUCUACCUUAAAGUAUAAUUUAUCAGUAGUACAAAAGAACAUAUUAAAAAUUAUCUUGAAAAAACCGAAAUAUUUUUCUUCAAAUGCAUUAUUCAAACUAUUACGAGUAUUAAAUAUUGAAAAUAUUUACAAAAAACAAGCAAUAAUGUCAUAUUUAUAAAUCUAGGUCAUUUAAAUAUAAAACCAAUCCUUNACGACAGUAGUACAAAAGAACAUAUUAAAAAUUAUCUUGAAAAAACCGAAAUAUUUUUCUUCAAAUGCAUUAUUCAAACUAUUACGAGUAUUAAAUAUUAGAAAAUAUUUACAAAAAACAAGCAAUAAUGUCAUAUUUAUAAAACUAGGUCAUUUAAAUAUAAAACCAAUCCUUAUAAUCUUAGGAAAAACAGAUUGACAUUCUGUAAUAACUUGUCAUCGUAUAAACACUUUGACAAUAGAUCAGGAAAAAAUAGUAAAUAUUGAAACACAGGAAUAAUGAAAUAUAAUAUUUCAGUUAUCGUUCGACUAUUGAAUGGUUUGAUCGUAUAUAGUCAGUUUAUUUAAUUAUGGUCACUUAUUUCUUCUAUAAUUUUUUUCUCAUUAUAUCGUGUUUAACUGAUUUAAAUUUUGCGUGUUUUAUAUGAUGUUAUGUAACUGAUGUUACAUGAUGGCAUUUUCAAAGAUGAUUAAUUAAAAUAUCCAAUGUACAAUAAGUUUUAUCAUUUUAUGUAUUCUACGAUAAGAGAAAUUGCUUUUCGAAAAAUGUCGAAAGCAUCAAAGCAAAAAUAGGCUUGUAACAAAUGUAAAGUUGAAUCAAAUACAGUUAAUUUCAUGAGUGAAAAGUUUGACAACUUCGGCAAACAAAUUCAAGAUGUAAUAUUCUCUUUAAAAGAAUUAAAAUAAGAAAAUCCAUUUUUGAAAGAACAAAAUGUUAAAUUAAGGAGUUAAAUCAUUCUUUUGAGAAACCUGAUCGAUGUUUUGGAGCAAAAUAAUUUUGAAAAUUAUAUUGAAAUUAUUGAUGUGCCUGAUAUUAAGGAUAAAGACUGUGUAAAUAUAGCUGAUAAAAUUGUUAAUAAAUUAGGUGUGAAGUCAUUAACUGUUACCAACGCUUAUCGUAUACAAUUAAAAAAUCACGGACGACCUAGAAAAAUAGUAGCGGAAUUAAAUUCCAAACAAAGCAAGAACAAUCUCAUAGACAGCUCAAGAAAAUUGAAACUAAGAGAAAAUAUGAAAAAUUAAGAGUGGAAAAACGAUUCAAUAUAUGUAAAUACAUAUUUAACACAGUUUAAUAGAAAUCUGUUUUUUUUAAACUAAGGCUUUUGCUCGUGAUUCCCGGUUUAAAUAUGUUUAGUUUAAAGAUUCGAAAAUAUUUGUCAAAAAAAAUUAAAUUUGCGUAGCAAUAUUAGUUGAAAAUGAAAAUUGUUUAUCCAUACUUUAAGUUACUUAAAAAUUAUUUUUAUUUUAUUUUAUGUUUAAGAAAAUAUAUAUGUAUAUAUAUAUAUAUAUAUAUAUUUUCUUAAACAGUAUAAACUCAAAUUGUAUGGCUUAUUUAAAUAAUCUAAUUACAAAUACAAAAUAUAGAACAAAUUAUUUCGAGUUUUUUACGGAAUAUAAUAUAAGUACAAAUGAUAUAAAUGGAAAUUACUUAAAUAUUAUAUGUUUCAACAUACAAAGUGUAAAUGCACAUUUUGAUUAACUGUUAUUAUAUUUAGAAAAUUAUGUUAAUAGUAAUACAAUUGAUAUCAUAGUGUUGAUUGACAGUUGGCAUGUCACGUCCUCGUGUAACUACAAGAUAACUAAUUAUAACCUAUUUUUUUCCUUAGAUAAGAAAAACCAGAAUGAUGGAGUAAUGAUUAUAAUUAUCUAGAAAAUAAUAUAUUAAAGAUCUCUUUAAAAAUCAAUAGUAUACCAAUAAUUUUAUUAUGUAUAUAUAAGUCACCGUAUGGUGACUUAUAAUACAUAAUACAUUGAUAAUAAUAGUCUUAAUUCCUCAUUAAAAGAAGCCUGUAAUGGUUUAAAUUUUGAUAUAAAUUUAAUCACAUUAAUUGAGGACAUGAAUACUAACAUAAUUGUUUCUCAUAUAAAUGAUAACGAUUAUCUUGAUUUCUUAUUGGUUAACAGUAAUUUUUUUUUAUUCGUGCUUUUACGAGAUUACCAAAGGCUCAAUAGCACUCAUGCUUAGAUGUGUUUAUUAAAAGUAAUAAUAUUAAUACGUUCAAUAAAAUAAAUGCAGGUGUUUUAUUAAUAGAUAUCACUGAUCACUGUUUUAUUAUAGUAUCAAUUCUAAUUUCUGUUAAAUUAAUGAAUCCUGAACACAUAGUUAAUAUCAUAAAUCAUGAUAAAAUGAAAACAUUAUUAAGUAAAGAAAAAUGGGACAAUUUAUAUGAAUGUAGCUCGAUUAAUGAAUGUAUUUCUAUAUUUUAAAAUAUAUUUAUAAAUGCCCUUAAUGUUUCUUCUACUUCUAGAUCUGUUAAUUCCAAAAAUAAACGGUUAAAGGAAUAGAUAUCAAAAGGUUUGUUAUGUUCUUCAUGGUGUAAGCAAUUUAUAUUAUAUAUAUAUCUAAAAUGUAAGAAACACUCAAAUAAUAUUGAACUUGUGACAUAUUAUAAAAAAUAUAAAAAUAAUUUUACAAAAUCAAUAAGGCUUACAAAAAUCAAUUUUUAUGAAUAAAAUUUAAAACAGUGUCAAAUAGUCCUAAAUUAAUUUGGCAAUUAAUAAAUGAAGUAACAGGUACCAUUUAUAAAAAUAAAGAUAAAAUUGACGUUUUAAAAUGAAUAAUUAUAUAGUAAAUAUAGUAAAUGAUCCAGUUGGGGUGUCAAAUUUAUUGAAUAUUUUUUUGAUAAACGUCGGUAAAAAUUUGGAUGAUAAAUUCAAACUGUAAUUUAAAUGUGAUAAACAAUCUUGAUGCGCAAUCAUUCGAUAAUUUUUUUCUAAAAAAGUUGAUGUAUCAGAGGUAAAACCAAUUACAAACAACUGUAGAGACGAAACCACUGCAGGAUACGAAACGGUAAAAAUAUUAAACAGUAUCUUUGAUCAAAUUGUUAAUCUUCUUGUUCAUAUAUUUAAUCUAAAAAUUAAAACUAGUAUUUUCCUACUAGUAUUUUAUUAUAAUUUUAAAUUAGCAUUCAUCAAACCAUUAUAUAAGAGGGUUGACUGUAAACAUAUGGGUAAUUAUAGACCCAUAUUUAUAUUAACACAUUUUUCAAAAAAUCAUUAUGUCAAGAAUCAUUUCGUAUCUAGAAAGAAACGAACUAUUAUUAUUAUUAUACUAUUAUCAAAAAACCAAUAUGGUUUCAAACUGAGUUUAGGUACGGAAAAUAAACGGUAAUAAAGUUUUACCUGUUUUCUUAGAUCUAGCAAUGGCUUUUGGAUCCAUACAUCGUGAUAUUCUUUUUAAAAUUCUUCUUAUUUUCGGAAUAAAUAAUCGCAAUCUACUUUGGUUUAAGAGCUAUUUAUCUUGUAGAAAACCAAUAGUAAAAUUAAAUGAUAUUACAAGUGAUGAAAACUUUAUAAAAUAUGGUGUCCCUCAUGGUAGUGUGCUAGGGCCAGUUCUAUUUAUAUUGUACAUAAAUGUG